GCAAGGGGAUUUGGGCAUUCCCAGAUCUGUAACGAUUUAUCUAAGCGUAAUUCUCAUACGAUACUGUGUGAAUACGGUGACAGAAUGUUCAGAAAACCAUCAUGAGCUCCGAUUUAAUGCUGACAUAAUCGUAGCUCCGCAGUUUGUAUCUAAAGUAGGUAGGGCUCCGUCUGCUUGUGUAUUGACACCGUCAUUAUCUUUAGCUCUGCGCGCACCGCAGACAGCGAGAGAGAGAGCGCCAGGGUAGGGAGAGAGCGGUUGUGACUCAAGCUCUGCGAAUUCAGUUAGUCUACUACAACUAUGAAUGCAUUGUGAGUGGCUUUGUGGGCAACAGAAGCAGACCUUUAUUUGGAAUUUGUUUAUUUUUUCGUCGCCAAUGCAAAAGGAAAUAUGCAGCGAAGACUUACCUUGGCCUUUGUUAGUUUUUGUGUUGGGUUUUGCUCUGGUUCAAGUUUCCCAAGUAAUAUAAAUAUAGGGGGAUUGUUCCCAAACGCCUCCCACGAAUAUGAGGUUUUUCGGUUUGCACUCUCUCAUCACCAGGAUAUCCCCAAACUGGUACCACAAGUGGACAUGGUCGACACAGCAAGCAGCUUUGCUAUGACAUAUGCAUUUUGUUCACAGUUUUCCAAAGGAGUCUAUGCCAUCAUUGGAUUGUAUGACAGGAAGACCAUGAACAUGCUCAUGUCGUUCUGCGGGGCUCUCCACGUCUGCUUUGUGACACCCAGUUUCCCAAUUGAAACCAACAACCAGUUUGUCAUCCAGCUCAGACCGGAGCUUCAGGAGCCCCUCAUUGCCCUGAUCCAGCACUACAAAUGGACCAAGUUUGUCUACAUGUAUAGCUCUCAUUCAGGCCUGACAGUGCUGCAGAAGAUUCUGGAUACGGCGGCAGAGAAGACGUGGCAGGUGACAUCAGUGAACCUGGACAGUGGUAUGGAUCAGGUGGGCUUCCUGAAGGUGGUUCAGGACCUAGAGAAGAAGAAGGAGUACAACAUCAUCCUGGACUGUGAGCUGGAGAGACUCAACUUGAUCCUCAACCUGAUCGCUGCUCAGAAGAAGAACCUGAAAAAUUACCACUACAUAUUGGCAAACCUGGGAUUUUUGGACAUGAAUUUCACUGAGUUCCAGAAGAGUGGUGCCAACAUCACCGGGUUCCAACUAAUGAACUACUCAGACGAAAAUGUCAACAAGGCCAUAGAGGAGUGGGUGGACUUUGACAGCAAAGACCUUAAGCUACCCAAGAGAAGACUGAAGUACACAGGAGCCCUCACAUACGACGGAGUGAGCGUCAUGGCAACCGCCUUUCAGAACCUCCGGAAGCAGCGUAUUGACAUCUCCCGGCGAGGCAACGCUGGCGAGUGUCUGGCCAACCCACCAGCUCCCUGGGGCCAGGGUAUCGACAUCCAGAGAGCCCUACAGCAGGUUCGAAUUGAGGGCUUGACUGGACAUGUCCAGUUUAACGAGAAAGGCCAUCGGAUCAACUACACGGUCAGCGUCAUGGAGCUGAGCCCGAGUGGACCGCUGAAGGUGGGCUACUGGAACGAGAAUGAGAACUAUGUGAACACAGCGGUAUACACACCGGUGGUUGAAGAAUUCUUCGGACUGCAAAACAGGACCUACAUAGUGACCAGUAUCCUUGAAUCUCCAUAUGUGAUGCUGAAGAAGAAUCAUGAGCAGCUGGUGGGGAACGAUAAGUAUGAGGGCUAUUGUGUGGAGCUGGCCGCGGAGAUCGCCAAGCAUGUGGGCUAUACUUAUAAACUGGAGAUCGUAGGGGAUGGCAAGUAUGGAGCCAGAGACGCUGAGUCCAAGAUGUGGAAUGGGAUGGUGGGCGAGCUCGUUUAUGGGAAAGCAGACGUAGCAGUAGCCCCGUUGACCAUCACCUUGGUGAGAGAGGAGGUGAUCGACUUCUCCAAGCCCUUCAUGUCCCUGGGCAUCUCCAUCAUGAUCAAGAAGCCCACCAAGUCAAAACCUGGAGUCUUCUCCUUCCUCGACCCACUGGCCUACGAGAUCUGGAUGUGCAUCGUGUUUGCCUACAUCGGUGUGAGCGUGGUUCUCUUCCUGGUCAGCCGCUUUAGCCCGUACGAGUGGCAGGGGGACGACUCAGAGGGAGAGGAGGGCCAAGAGCAGCAGCAGAGACAGCAGUCGUCCAGUCCCAGGAGAGAGCCAGGACAGUCCCAGUCCCAACCGGGCCAAAACCAGGGCCAAGGACAGGGCCAGUCCCAGUCCCAACCGGGCCAAAACCAGGGCCAAGGACAGGGCCAGAGUCAGAAUGAGGGGCACACCAAUGAGUUUGGGAUAUUCAACAGCUUGUGGUUCUCGCUGGGUGCCUUCAUGCAGCAGGGCUGUGACAUCUCGCCAAGGUCCCUCUCUGGUCGCAUUGUAGGGGGAGUGUGGUGGUUCUUCACCCUCAUCAUCAUCUCCUCCUACACGGCCAACCUGGCUGCCUUCCUCACCGUGGAGAGGAUGGUGUCGCCCAUAGAGAGUGCUGAGGACCUGGCCAAGCAGACAGAGAUCGCCUAUGGUACUCUAGACGGAGGCUCCACCAAAGAGUUCUUCAGGAGAUCGAAAAUCGCCGUAUUCGAGAAGAUGUGGUCCUACAUGAAGUCCGCUGACCCGUCAGUGUUCGUGAAGACCACAGACGAGGGCGUGGUGCGGGUCAGGAAGUCCAAAGGGAGGUAUGCCUACCUGCUGGAGUCCACCAUGAACGAGUACAUCGAGCAGAGGAAACCCUGUGACACCAUGAAGGUCGGGGGGAACCUGGACUCCAAGGGUUACGGAGUGGCCACGCCCAAGGGAUCAGCACUAAGAAUCCCCGUAAACCUAGCGGUGUUGAAACUCAAUGAGCAAGCCAUCUUAGACAAACUGAAAAACAAAUGGUGGUACGAUAAGGGAGAGUGUGGAAGCAAGGACUCCGGAAGAAAGGACAAGACCAGUGCUCUAAGCCUCAGCAAUGUGGCUGGGGUGUUCUACAUCCUGAUUGGAGGGCUGGGGCUGGCCAUGCUCGUGGCCUUGGUCGAGUUCUGUUACAAGUCCAGGAUCGAGUCGAGGAGGAUGAAGCAAAUCAUCGAUGCAGCCAUGCUGAGUUCCACCCUGAGCCGGAUGACCAGGACAGGGAGCGGGGGCGAGAAUGGACGAGUGGUCGCCCAUGACUUCCCCAAAGCGUCACAGACUCUCCCCUGCAUGAGCCAGGCCGCGGGCAUGUGAUGGGGCAGUCCUUCCUCUGCACAGACCACACCAAAAAGAGGAAAGGAAAAGAGGGGGGAAAGUGUUGCACUGCGGCUUGACUACUGCCAAAAGGAUUCACUGACUGAUCACUCUGAAGAUAGAAACAACAAACAAAAUCACUUUUGUAAAGAGACGGUUUAUUUGGAUAUUUUCUGCUGCAAUAAAGAUGGCUGUCUUGGACUUUAAUUGAUGGCAUACUUUUGUGUAUCAAAAAAAAAAAAAAAGAGAAGCUCUUCCCCAAUCCAAUAAUAGUGACACUUUUUGCACUAUGUCAAUUCAGUUUUUACUGUCUACUACUAUCAUUAACAGUCAAGAACAGCUACAGUGGAGUCUGAAAUAAUUGAACCCCUUGAUAAAGAUGAGCAAUAAUGUAUAAAAUAAAUAAUUCAAAUACUAAGCUAUAUUGUAUGCAACAUUUUAAAAAAAUGUGGAAAUUAUAUUAUUUUAUACUAAUACAAUAGCUUGGAGAAAGAGAUUUUUUUUAACAAGUUUACUGAUUUUUUUUCUCAAAAAGGCAAGGGUCAAACCGAUUGACACCCCUGAAGAUUCUUAUAAAUAAAGUAGUCAAAAGUUUAGUAUUUAGUCCCCAUAUUCCUAGCACGCAAUGACUACAUCAAGCUUGUGACUCUACAAACUUGUUGGGUGCAUUCGCAGUUUGUUUUGGUUGUGUUUCAGAUUAUUUUGGGCCCAAUAGAAAUGAAUGGUAAAUAAUGUGUUGUGUCAUUUUGGAGUCAUUUUUUAUUAUAAAUGGGAGUAGAGUAUUUUCUGAACAUUAAAUGUGGUUGCUACCAUGAUUACGGAUAAUCCUGAAUUAAUCGUGAAUAAUGAUGAGUGAGAAAGUUACAGAGGGUCAAAGAUCAUUCCCCAAAGCCAUGAAGAUAGCAUGUUUUGGGGGGUAUGACCUUUUGAGUACACAAUAUAGCUCAGCAUUUUAAUUAUUUCUAUUAUACAGUCAUUAAUGCUUAGCUGUAUCAAGGGUGUCAAUCAUUGUGCCUUAUACUGAACAGUGAUUUUGUUCCUUGUGACACAUAAAUUCAAGCAUUUCCAAUUCCAAACAUUUGACUUUCAACCUAUCUAUAGGUGCAUACAGUAUGUCGAAUAAAACUACUGCUGAAUGUUUUCACACAUCACAUAGGAAUUGAUGAUGUCUCUAUUGUUUCUCAUAUCAGCCACUUUGUCAAUGUCACUGCAUUGAAAUUUAAUUCCGACUUACAGAUUUCCUCUCUUAUAUGCCCAACACCUGACAUGGAGAAUAUAUUUACAUUUUGAAAUUACUACAAAACUAUACAUUUUUGUGCAGCUAUGACAUAUUUCCCAACCAUUUUCCCUAUUGUGUUCCCUUGUCAUAUAAAUAUGUUAAACCACCAGUUUGUAGGUCAUUACCAUUUAGAGGAGUGAGUCGUUUAUCAGACGCUCUUAUCCAGAGCCACUUACAGUAGUGAGUCAUUUAGCAGACUCUCUGAUCCAGAGCCACUUACAGUAGUGAGUCAUUUAUCAGACUCUCUGAUCCAGAGCCACUACAGUAGUGAGUCAUUUAUCAGACUCUCUUAUCCAGAGCCACUACAGUAGUAAGUCUUUUAGCAGACUCUCUGAUCCAGAGCCACUUACAGCAGUGAAUCAUUUAGCAGACUCUCUUAUCCAGAGCCACUACAGUAGUGAGUCAUUUAACAGACUCUCUUAUCCAGAGCCACUACAGUAGUGAAUCAUUUAGCAGACUCUCUUAUCCAGAGAUACUACAGCAGUGAGUCAUUUAGCAGACGCUCUUAUCCAGAGAUACUACAGUAGUGAGUAAUUUAGCAGACACUCUUAUCCUUGCAGUAGUGAGUGCAUUUUUGUACUUUUUUUCAUACUGGUCCGCAGUGGGAAUCGAACCCACAACCCUGGCGUUGCAAGCGCCAUGCUCUACCAACUGAGGAUUUAAAUGAUUUACCAGAGUACAGGUAGAACAGACAAUAUAAUUUCUACCUGCUGUUUCAUUCCGCAUGUUUCCAUUAAUAGUUCAGAGUUGAAGUAUGAGCCAUUGAUAAAGAUAUGAAAAUGUUCUAAUGCACUGGUAAGUAGAUGGCAGUAGAAUAUCUAGUGUUAUAAAAUCUAUGACAUUUUUUAUUUUUGUAUUUUUUAUUUAACCUUUAUUUAACUAGGCAAGUUAAGAACAAAUUCUUAUUUACAAUGACAGCCUACCAAAAGGCAAAAGGCCUCCUGCGGGGGACGGGGGCUGGGAUUGAAAAAUACAUAAUACAAAAAUAAUACAAAAAUCUAGGACAUGAAUGACAUGACUAAUCGAGUGGCUUUAGCGUUGGAAAUGAGAUGGUACGAGAGGAUGACACAAUUAGCCCACAAAUUAGGACGUGCCAUUUUCAUUUUACUCUACUAAUCCACUGAUGUUUCAGGCUUGUCAACCUACCAAACCAUCUAACCUACAUCACCUAACUUAAGCUACCUACCUUCAUGUGGACAUGUUUUUGAAAACAAAAAAAGGCAUAUGAUUUAAGACAAUUGUACAAUUUCACAACUUUUUGGAUCUACAGUACAAAGACAGUACAAGCACAAGAACACUCUUAAAAUGGACACUGCACGGUCGUAUUUGUACUGUAACAUGCUAUUGUCCUGUGAGGGACAGCAUCUCAUGGUCCGUUGAGCAGCCAUCCAUUGUAUGUCACCAUCCCAUCACCCAAUAUGUUACUGUAGGACUCGGAGGGUCAUCGUCUUCUAUUCAUUUGUCAUCCUCUUUGGCAUAGCACAUUAAAAGUGUCACACAACUCAAACUUUGUUUUGUACUGUACCUUAAUCAAUUUGUUUAAAAAGAUAAAUACAACUAAUAUCCACAUUUGUAUGGUAAGAAAUGUAAUGUAAGACACCCUGGUGAUGUUGAGAUGAUGUUCCAUUCUGUUGACCAGGUACAGCCAGUUUUGUUCAAAGCUUUUCUCAGUCCAAUAGAUUUUGUGCAUUUAUAGUGAGACUACAUUUAUAUUGUCCUUUUAAAUAAUAUUUUGAUCUGGCACUACUUUGUUUAAUUUACUUCUCGAAAUGCAAGAGAAAAUCUACCUUAUGUCUUUGUGUUCACCUCUGUCUCAAGAGAUAGCUUUUAGAAAAAGACUAAUGCAAAAUUUGGAUUUCAAUAGGUGGGGAGAGAACUUUGUUGAGUAAUAGUGCUCUCAAUAAAUUCAAAACUUUUGUAACCACA